AUGGGGCGGCAGCGGCUGGCCCCGGCGCUGCUGGCGGCGUUCAAGGCCUUGCUGAUCCUGCCGGCGCUGCUGGCGCCCUCGCAGGCGGUGGUGCGGGCCGUGCUGGAGGACAACGCCAGCACCGUGGACUUCGCAGACCUGCCGGCGCUGUUCGGCGCCCCCCUGGCCCCCGAGGGCGUGCGGGGCUACCUGAUGGAGGCCAGGCCGGCCAACGCCUGCCAGCCCAUCGAGGGCCCGCAGCCGGGCAACCGCUCCCUGGGCGCCAUCGUGCUGAUCCGCCGCUACGACUGCCCCUUCGACCUCAAGGUGCUGCACGCCCAGCGGGCCGGCUUCGAGGCGGCCAUCGUGCACAACGUGCGCUCGGACGACCUGGUGCACAUGGCCCACGUCUACGAGGACCUGCGGGGCGAGAUCGCCAUCCCCUCGGUGUUCGUGGGCGAGGCCGCCUCGCAGGACCUGCGGGUCAUCGUGCGCUGCGACAAGUCGGCCCACGUGCUCCUCCUGCCCGACCGCCCGCCGUGCCCGGACCUGGACUGCCACCCGGUGCUGGCCGUCUCCUGGGUGCUGGGCCGCAGCCUGGCCCUGGCCACGUCCGUGCUCUUGGUCCUGCGCCGCCUGUGGCUCUGGGUCCGGGCCUGGUGGGCCCGAGGGCCGGCCGUCAAGGCGCCCGCCUGCAGGAAGGCCCAGGUCCGCACCUUCACGCGGCGCCACGACCUGUGCGCCAUCUGCCUGGACGAGUACGAGGAGGGCGACCAGCUCAAGAUCCUGCCCUGCUCGCACGCCUACCACUGCAAGUGCAUCGACCCCUGGCUCGCCCAGGCCGCCUGGCGCUCGUGCCCCGUGUGCAAGCAGUCGGUGGCCGGCACCGAGGACGGCUCGGACUCCACCGUCGACAGCGUCUGCGAUGGGGACCCCUCCCUGCCCGGCCACCGGCCCCCCAUUUGGGCCAUCCAGGCCCGGCUGCGCUCCCGGAGGCUGGAGCUGCUGGCCCGAGCCGGCCCGUGUGGCCGCUGCAGCCCCGAGUCCCUGGCCCCGGCUGAAGCCACCGCGGCGACCUCCGACAGGUCCCUGGGACGGUCCUGA